UACAUUUUUACUAAAUUACUAGGACAACACGAGUUUUUUCAACAGGACUAGGCACCGUCUCAUAAAGCUCGAGUGAACCAAGAAUGGCUAAAAACAACGUUCCGAACUUCAUAAUGACCACACAAUGGCUCUCGAAUUCACCAAACGCGAAUCCGAUGGAUUAUUCUCUUUGGGCCAUUUUGGAGAGCAAGGUCCGAACUAAAAGAUACACCAGUCUCGAGGCGCUGAAAAAAGCAGUUGUCCGCGAGUGGGCCAAAAUACCUGACAUUCGGGCAGCUUGCGAUUCGUUUUUGGACCGUCUCAAGGCCAUAAUGAAGGCAAAAGGUGGUCAUAUCAAGCAAAAGUAAAUUGUUUCUAAAUUUUGUAUUAUUUUUACACAUUUUGUACUUUGAAUCAAGUAAAAGUAAUGUUCCAACCUGAAUUUAUGGCCCUUUCAAUUGGUUACACUUCGAGUGCCUGUAAAUAAUCUACAACAUUUUAUU